UAAAACCAUUAUGAGAUAUUGGGAUCAAAAGACACAAACAUGCAUGAUGUAUAUUGUAUAUACUUGGUAUAAAAACUCACUUCCUUUAUCUUUUCUUAUAGGACCCUUGAUUUACAAAGGAAUAUACCACUUAUUUUACCAAUAUUCUCCCAAUCAACCUGUUUGGGUUAUGGGAGAAAUAGCAUGGGGACAUUCUACAUCAACUGACCUAAUCAAUUGGACCUCACAACCAAUUGCCCUUUCACCAACAGAACCCUAUGAUAUCAAAGGAUGUUGGUCUGGUUCUGCUACCAUACUUACUGGUGACAAACCUGCCAUUCUAUACACAGGAGGCGACGAACGAGAUCACCAAGUUCAAAUUCUAGCCUUACCCAAAGAUUUGUCAGACCCUUAUCUUACAGAGUGGGUUAAGAUACCUCAAAAUCCUGUAAUGGUUGCACCACCCAAUAACAACAACAUUGAUGCUCUUAAUUUUAGAGACCCAUCCACUGCAUGGCAAUUAGCUGAUGGUAAAUGGAGAACCAUUAUUGGUACUCAACAAGGUGAUAAUGGAUCAGCAGCUCUUUUCAUUAGCGACGACUUCACCACUUGGAAUGACACAGGACAUCCCUUUAGGUCGGUCCAAGGUACCGGGGUAUGGGAGUGCCCAGAAAUUUUCCCUGUUUAUGUUGGGAAGUCAUUAGGUGUUGAUACAUCUAUUCUUGGUCAGGAACCUGAGGAUGCUAAACAUGUCCUUAAGAUUAGCUUGGCUAUACCUUCGUGUGACAUUUACACUAUUGGAAGGUAUGACACUGAUAACGAUAUAUAUGUACCAGAUGAGGGAUCUAUUGAGACUGCUCUAGGUUUAAGGCUUGACUAUGGUAGAUUUUAUGCAGCGAAGUCGUUCUUUGAUAGUAAGACUGAUCGCAGAAUAAUAUUUGGGUGGGUUAAUGAAGCUUGUACCGAAGCUGAUGCAAUUAACAGAGGAUGGGCUGGACUACAGGGAAUCCCAAGGACAAUGAUCCCUGAUAAAUUUGGUAAGCAAUUGGUGCAAUGGCCAAUCACAGAAGUCGAAACGCUACGGAAUAAUCAAGUGGCAUUGCCCUCUCAAGUGAUUGGGUCAGGGUCGCUCAUUGAAGUAACAGGAGUCACAGCCUCUCAGGCGGAUGUGGAAAUUUCAUUCAAAAUACCAGAAUUGAAGCAAGUUGAGGAGUUCGAUCCAACAUGGACCAACGACCCACAGCUAUUGUGCAGCAACAAGGGAGCAACAGAUAAAGGAAUACUAGGGCCAUUUGGACUUCUAACGCUAGCUUCGACAGGCUUAGAAGAAUACACUGCAAUCUUCUUCAGAAUUUACAAGGCUCCAACUAAAUAUGAGGUUCUCAUGUGCAGUGACCAAAGCAGGUCUUCUCUUGAUCCGACUACUACUAAAGCAAGUUACGCGACGUUUGUGGAUGUGGAUCCAGUAAAUGAUGAACUCACGUUAAGGAUCUUGAUUGAUCAUUCUAUAGUGGAGAGCUUUGGUGCAGAAGGGAAAAGUUGCAUCACUGCUAGAGUUUAUCCUAAACUGGCUAUUAAUGACAACGCUAAGCUGUAUGCCUUCAACUAUGGAACAGAGGAUGUUGAGAUUACUAAACUGCAUGCUUGGAGCAUGAAUGCAGCUCAAGUCAAUCUUCCAGCAGAUGCUUGAAAGGUUUGCUUGAAAUUAGGAGACUGCUUCAUGAUUUGAGUGGUAUUUUGUUAUGAUAUGCGAUGUAAUUUUUUUGGUACAGCUUGGAUUUCCCGUUUCCGUUGGUUCAGAGUUCAAUGAAUUAUAUUUUUCCCUUCCUUAAGUGCGUGUUAUAUGGAUAUUUUGAGUUGCAACUAAUCAUCCAUCGUUCCCUAUAAUCUUUUCCAUUUUAAUAAAUUGAUGUAACCCGUAAUACUUCCUAUGGUUUGAAUGAGAUGCAACAUUUCAUUAUUUUAA